AAAGUUCUUGUGUUCUUCAUUCAUCUAGUGUGUGUGCGUGAAUUCGAUCCUAACACUAUAUUUAAGUAGUUUGGAAAACUAUCCUUUGAUAAUAGAAGCCAGAUGUAAAUCAGUCGGUGUUUCCCUAAGGCCAUUAUGCCUUGUCAAAGGAGAAUAGGGUCUUACUGUUUCCAGUUUAGUGUUAACAUAGUUCUUUUCUUUUCUUUUCAGUGGACAGAUUCGGUUAAAGGCAUAAUGGUUCCAAAAAUAUGGCGACUUUUCCAGAAAGCCUGGGUGAUCUAGAAGGGUUGGAGGAGCUUUAUGCUGGAAACACUGGCUUUCGGCGACUACCAGAUUCUAUGAUAAAGCUAAACAGACUUAAAAUCCUAUCACUAAAAAGGAGACGGAAGAUAAAGUCUGUAUUUGCUAGAGAUAUGAUAUUCCCUUGUGCAUUUGAUGGUUUGAAGGAAUUGAAAAGUUUGGAUCUCAGUGGAUGCAUUUUAUCUGGUGACAAGAUUUUUGCUCGUAUAUACUUGACUACUUUAGUGGAACUAAACCUGAGCAGAAACAAGUUUGUUUCUCUACCUGAUAGCAUCAGUCAACUUUAUCGACUUCGAUAUCUCAACAUAACACACUGUCAUGAACUUCCCAAACUUCCUCAAAGUAUAAAGGAGCUGUAUGCAGAAGAUUUUUCUGGUCAUACAAAGUACUCUAGCUCUGUUGAUAUACCGAAGAUUGUAUUUGGUCUCAUUCACCAACUAUAGUUUUAAUCAACAAUCAUAUACAGAAAAGAGCAAUGAUAUGCUGCCUCAGGAUUGGUAUGACCAUACUUUCAUCAAAGCCAAAUUGAUAUGCAAUAAUCAUUCAGAAGAGCUUAAAGUGCU